AUGGCGCUGUGGCUCUGGGCCCUGACGCUCCUGGGCUUGGCAGGCACAUGCACAGGUCUGCGUCCCUGGAAGCCUGACUUCCAAAGCCAGUCGGAGCUGAACCACUUGGUUGUGGACAACACAACAGGUGGGGUGUACCUGGGGGCAGUGAACACGCUCUACCAACUGACCGCCGACCUGAAGCUGGUGCAGCAGGUGACCACGGGCCCGGCGCUGGACAACAAGAAGUGCACUCCACCCAUCGAAAAGAGCCAAUGUCAGGAGGCUGUGCUCACCAGCAACGUGAACCAGCUGCUGCUGCUAGACACACUCGAGGGCCGCGUGGUCGAGUGCGGCAGCCUCUUCAAAGGCAUCUGCACCCUGCGCUCACUCAGCAAUAUCUCCCUGCGCCUCUUCUACGAGGACAGCAGCGGCGAGAAGUCCUUCGUGGCCAGCAAUGAUGAGUCUGUGGCAACCGUGGGACUGGUGAGCUCCACGGGCCCUGAAGGCCAGCGUGUGCUCUUUGUGGGCAAAGGCAACGGUCCACAUGACAACGGCAUCAUCAUCAGCACCCGCCUGCUGGACCGCACGGAGGGCAGGGAGGCCUUCGAGGCCUACACGGACCAGGCCACCUACAAGGCUGCCUACCUGUCCACCAACACACAGCAGUUUGUGGCCAUCUUCGAGGAUGGUCGCUACGUCUUCUUCAUCUUCAACCAGCAGGAUAAGCACCCAGCCCGGAACCGCACACUGCUGGCACGCAUGUGCAAGGAUGACCCCUCCUACUACUCCUACCUGGAGAUGGACCUGGAGUGUCGGGACCCCGGUGACCCCCAGACCCCCACCUUCGGGACCUGCCUGGCAGCCUCUGUGGACCCAGGCCGGGCACUCUAUGCUGUCUUCAGCCGGGAUGGCAGGAGUGGAGGUGGUGGGGGUUUCCAGGCCAGCCUCUGCGUGUUCCUGUUGGACGAGAUCUACGCCAAGAUGGAGGCCAAUCGCAACGCUUGCUACACAGGCGCCCGCGACGUGGGACGCAACCCUUUCUACAAGGCCUUCCACGGCGACAUACAAUGUGGUGGCCACUCGCACGUCGCCAGUCAGACCUUCCCCUGUGGCUCGGAGCACCUUCCCUACCCGCUGGGCAGCCGAGAGGGACUAACCGCCACGGCCGUGCUGCAGCGGGGUGGCUUGAACCUGACAGCUGUGACGGUGACCUCCGAGGACAGUCACACCAUCGCCUUCCUGGGCACCUCUGAUGGCAGGAUCCUCAAGGUGUAUCUCACCCCAAACCACACCUCCGUGGAGUAUGGCUCUAUUCUUGUAGAGCUCAACAAGAGGAUCAAGCAAGACUUGGCAUUGUCCACAGACCUGACCAGUGUGUACGCCAUGACUCAGGAUAAGGUGUUCCAGCUCCCUGUGCAGGAGUGCCUGAGUUACCCCACCUGUGCACAGUGUCGCGACUCGCAGGACCCCUACUGUGGCUGGUGUGUCGUGGACGGACGAUGCACCAGGAAAGCCAACUGUUCUCGAGCCAAGGAGACUGGCCACUGGCUUUGGAGCCGGGACAAUGCCUGCAUGACCAUCACCAGUGCCCAGCCACAAAACAUGAGCCGUCGGGCGCAGGGCGAGGUGCAGCUGACGGUCAGCCCCCUCCCUACCCUGAGAGAGGAGGACAAGCUGCUCUGCCACUUUGGUGACUCGCCACCGCAUCUCACCCGUGUGGAGGGAGACAUGGUCUUCUGCAACUCCCCAAGCGUCAUUCCCAGCACGCCAGCUGGCCAGGAUCAUGUGACCGUGAAUCUCCAGCUGCGUCUCCAAAACGGUGACAUCUUCCUCACUUCCCACCCGUACCCCUUCUACGACUGCCACGAAGCGAUGCAUUUAGUGGAGAACCUUCCGUGCAUCUCCUGCACCAGCAACCGCUGGACUUGUCAGUGGGACCUCAUGUACCACUCAUGCCAGGAGGCCUCACCCAACCCCGAGGAGCGCAUCGUCCGCGCCCACAUGGAGGAGAAUUGCCCCCAGUUCCUGAACCCCAGCCCCCUGGUCAUCCCCAUGAACCACGAGACAGAUGUGACCUUUCAGGGCAGGAACCUGGACACGGUGAAGAGCACCUCCCUGUAUGUGGGGAGCGACCUGCUCAACUUCAAGGAGCUAGUGAGCAUGCAGCAGCCAGGAACCUUCUCCUUCCGAACCCCAAAGCUGUCCCAUGACACAAACGAGACGCUGCCCCUUCACCUGUAUGUCAAGUCCUACAGCAAGAAUAUUGACAGCAAACUGCAAGUGACUCUGUACAACUGCUCCUUUGGCCGAAGCGACUGCAGCUUGUGCCUGGCCGCCGACCCUGCCUACAAGUGUGUGUGGUGCGGCGCACACAGCAAGUGUGUGUACCAGGCUCUGUGCAGCAAUGCCACUGCUGAGUGCCCGCCUCCCGUGAUCACUAGGAUCCAGCCCCAGACAGGCCCACUGGGAGGGGGCGUUCGCAUCACCAUCUUUGGGUCGAAUUUGGGCAUCAAGGCAGAUGAUGUUAAGAGGGUGACUGUGGCCGGCCGGAACUGCACCUUCGAGCCAGAACGGUAUUCUGUGUCCACCCGGAUCGUGUGUGUGAUCGAGGCCUCUGAGGAACCAUCCACGGGGGGUGUCGAGGUGGACGUCAAUGGGAAGCUGGGCCACUCGCCACCUCAUGUGCAGUUUACUUACCAACAACCCCAGCCAGACCACGUGGACCCGAAGCAGGGGCCACAGGCAGGUGGCACCUUGCUGACCAUCACUGGCACCAACCUGGACACGGGCUCCAAGGAGGACGUGCGGGUGACCCUCAACAACGUCCCUUGUAAUGUAACAAAGUUUGGGGCAGAGCUGCAGUGCUUGACGGGUGCCCAGCAACAGCCGGGUGAAGCGCUCCUGGUGGUGGUCUAUGGGGGCGCUCCAGUGCCCAGCCCUAAUGUCAUCUUCAGCUACCGAGAGAACCCAGUGCUGCGGGCCUUCGAGCCCAUGUGUAGCUUCGUCAGUGGUGGCAGGAACAUCAGCAUCACAGGGCAGGGCUUUAACCUGAUUCAGAAGUUUGCCAUGGUGGUCAUUGCUGAGCCGUUGAAGUCCUGGAGCCGAAGGCAGGAGGUUGGACCCCUGAAACUUGUGGAGGUUGUGGGCACUGACUACGUGUACCACAAUGACACCAAGGUGGUUUUCUCAACACCGGCCGUCCCCGAGGAGCCUGAGGCCUAUAACCUCACAGUACUGUUGAAGAUGGACGGACACAGUGUUCUGCUCCGCACCGAGACGGGCACUUUUGAGUAUGUGGCCGACCCCACCUUUGAGAACUUCACGGAUGGCGUCAAGAAGCAGGUCAACAAGCUCAUCCACGCCCAGGGCACCAACCUGAACAAGGCAAUGACGCUACAGGAGGCAGAAGCCUUCGUGGGCGCCGAGCGCUGCAUCAUGAAGACACUGACCGAGACCGAUUUGUACUGCGAGCCCCCCGAGGUGCAGCCCCCACCCAAACGGCGGCAGAAGCGGGACACAACUCACAACCUACCUGAGUUCAUUGUCAAGUUCGGCUCCCGCGAGUGGAUACUGGGCCGUGUGGAGUACGAUACACGUGUCAGCGACGUAGCCCUCAGACUCGGCCUCAUCCUGCCACUGGUCAUCGUACCCAUGGUGGCCAUUAUCGCCGUGUCUGUCUACUGCUACUGGAGGAAGAGCCAGCAGGCAGAACGUGAGUAUGAGAAGAUCAAGUCCCAGCUGGAAGGUCUGGAGGAGAGCGUGCGUGACCGCUGCAAGAAGGAGUUCACAGACCUGAUGAUCGAGAUGGAAGACCAGACCAAUGACGUGCACGAGGCUGGCAUCCCAGUGCUAGACUACAAGACCUACACAGACCGCGUCUUCUUCCUGCCCUCCAAGGAUGGUGACAAGGAUGUGAUGAUCACAGGCAAGCUGGACAUCCCCGAGUCCCGACGGCCCACUGUGGAACAGGCCCUCUACCAGUUCUCCAACCUACUGAACAGCAAGUCCUUCCUCAUCAACUUCAUCCACACACUGGAGAACCAGCGCGAAUUCUCAGCGCGCGCCAAGGUCUACUUUGCGUCGCUGCUAACGGUUGCUCUGCACGGGAAGCUGGAGUACUACACGGACAUCAUGCGCACACUCUUCCUGGAGCUGAUGGAGCAGUACGUGGUGGCCAAGAACCCCAAGCUGAUGCUGCGCAGGUCAGAGACGGUAGUGGAGAGAAUGCUGUCCAAUUGGAUGUCCAUCUGCCUGUACCAGUAUCUCAAGGAAAGCGCUGGUGAGCCCUUGUACAAGCUGUUUAAGGCCAUCAAGCAUCAGGUGGAGAAGGGGCCGGUGGACGCUGUGCAGAAAAAGGCCAAGUACACCCUCAACGACACGGGACUACUGGGAGACGACAUAGAGUACGCACCCCUGACGGUGAGCGUGAUUGUCCAGGACGAAGGGAUCGAUGCCAUUCCCGUCAAGGUCCUCAACUGUGACACCAUCUCCCAGGUCAAGGAGAAGAUCAUUGACCAGGUGUACCGCACGCAGCCCUGCUCCCGCUGGCCCAAGGCAGAGAGCGUGGUCCUGGAAUGGCGUCCCGGGUCCACGGCACAGACUCUGUCGGACUUAGACUUGACCUCACAGCGAGAUGGCCGGUGGAAGCGCGUCAACACACUAAUGCACUACAAUGUCCGGGAUGGAGCCACGCUCAUCCUGUCCAAGGUGGGGGUCUCUCAGCAGCCCGAGGACAGCCAGCAGGACCUGCCAGGAGAGCGCCACGCCCUCCUGGAGGAGGAAAACCGUGUGUGGCACCUGGUUCGUCCCACCGAUGAGGUGGAUGAGGGCAAGCCUAAACGAGGUAGCAUGAAGGAGAAGGAGCGCACGAAGGCCAUCACUGAGAUCUACCUGACCAGGCUGCUCUCGGUCAAGGGUACGCUGCAGCAGUUUGUGGACAACUUCUUCCAGAGUGUGCUGGCUCCCAGCCACGCGGUCCCCCCUGCCGUCAAGUACUUCUUUGACUUCCUGGAUGAACAGGCGGAGAAGUACGACAUUCGGGACGAAGACACCAUCCACAUCUGGAAGACCAACAGUUUGCCGCUCCGCUUCUGGGUGAACAUUCUCAAGAACCCGCACUUCAUCUUUGACGUGCACGUGCAUGAGGUGGUGGACGCCUCACUGUCGGUCAUUGCUCAGACCUUCAUGGACGCCUGCACAAGGACAGAGCACAAGCUGAGUCGUGACUCCCCCAGCAACAAGCUACUCUAUGCCAAGGAAAUUUCUACCUACAAGAAGAUGGUGGAGGAUUACUACAAAGGGAUCCGCCAGAUGGUACAAGUCAGCGACCAGGACAUGAACACGCACUUGGCAGAGAUUUCCCGGGCACACACGGACUCCCUGAACACCCUUGUGGCCCUACACCAGCUCUACCAGUAUACGCAGAAGUACUAUGAUGAGAUCAUUAAUGCCCUGGAGGAGGACCCCGCCGCCCAAAAGAUGCAGCUGGCCUUCCGCCUGCAGCAGAUUGCAGCCGCGCUGGAGAACAAGGUCACAGACCUCUGA